AUGGGUAAGACUGGUAAAGGAAAGGGAGGAAAGAACAGAAGAAGAGGAAAGAACAUCAAUGGGGGUCAAAAGAGAGAGUUGAUCUUUAAAGAGGAAGGCCAAGAGUAUGCUCAAAUCACCAAGAUGUUAGGUAAUGGUAGAUUGGAAGUUGCAUGCUUUGAUGAUAAGAAAAGAAUGGGACACAUCAGAGGGAAGUUGAGAAAGAAGGUGUGGAUGGGUCAAGGUGAUAUUAUUUUGGUUUCCUUGAGAGAUUUCCAAGAUGAGCAAUGUGAUGUUGUUCAUAAAUAUAACUCUGAUGAAGCCAGAGCUUUAAAGAGUGCUGGAGAAUUACCUGAGAAUGCAAAGAUUAACGAAACCGACACGUUUGGUGCUGAUGAAGAUGACGACGUUAACUUUGAGUUUGGUGAUAACGAUGAUUCUGAUGAAGAAGAAGAAGAUGAUUUGGAUAUUGAUGAUAUUUAA